AAAUAAUAAAAAAGGUUUUUUGAGGGAAUCUUAUUUUUUUUUAAAAAAAAAGGUGACAUGAGCUUAGGGAAAACUCAAACAAAUCUGCGUCUGAACAACGAACCUCAGGAAGGCCGAGAAACCACGUUCCAAAAUCCGAGCCCAACACAAGUCCGUUUCUGGCCCCGACUACUUAUGGUCCAACACUCCAAAGUCUCCAAGGCCAUCGCCUCCGACCCACCACCACAUCCCAAGCAUGGCUGCGCUCGCCGCCGUCGACUCCUCGGCACCUCCGCCGCCGUCCGAGUCAUCCAAAGGCAAGGGCAAGAUGGACGACGACGUGGAGGCGGAGGGCGCGGAGAAGAUGUGCGGCAUCUGCUACGUCGACGGCCGGCGGGCCAUCCGCGGCGAGCUCGACUGCUGCGCCCACUUCUUCUGCUUCGUCUGCAUCAUGGCCUGGGGCCGCGUCGAGUCCCGCUGCCCCUUCUGCAAGGCCCGCUUCCGCACCAUCCGCCGCCCGCCCGUCGCCGGCCGGUUCCCCGACGAGCGAAUCGUCUCCGUCCCCGAGCGCAACCAGGUAUACAAUCCUCAGGGCAACGGGAGCAGCACAGUGGGCGGAGAUCCUUACGUGAACACCAUAUGCACCGUCUGCAGCAGCUCCAGCGACGACGAGCUGCUGCUGCUCUGCGAGCUCUGCGACUCAGCUGCGCACACUUACUGUGUCGGGCUGGGGAACGCCGUGCCGGAGGGGGACUGGUUCUGCAAGGACUGCGGGACGAUCAGAGAUGAUCAGUUGAGAUGGCAGGCUGAGAAUCAGGCUGAAUUUGAGAUCGGGGUCAAUGUUCCGGAUGCUGAGCCAGUUCCAGACCCCUUGGUUUCUGGUGUUGUGGAUGAGGAGCAUGAUCUGGAAAGGACAGAUGCGCGGAGCGGUGGCGGCGGUUCGAUGAGUGACCCGGUUCCUUCCAUUUAUGACAUUGUGGAUGAUGAUUUCGCUACCAUUGCUGGGAUCUUUAGGAGGAGGAUUCCUGAGGAUAAUCGACCUCAGGGUACUUCAGCUGGAUCUCAGUGUCCAAGGUCGACCCAGGGACGAGACAAUGGUCUUGCAGCCUAUCAUGCUCGCAUUCGCCUUGAAGUUGAGAGAGCUAGAACAUUGCGCAAUUCUCGCAAUCUUGAUAAGCGCAUAAGGGAGCUGCGGGAGAACUGGGCGGCUCUGCGUGAUGGUUCUGUGGGGUUUGCUCCGCAUAUGCCUGGCAGAAGAAGGAAGGAUAUGGCUGGUUCUGCUUCUGUUCCUACCGAGCAUCAGCGUUAUGCAGAGCCUGAAACUAUCAGUUCUCGAAAUGGCACCACUGCAGCUUCUGUUCCGCUGCGAACACCCUUAUCUGAGGAAACUAGUACCUCACUGGGCCAUAGUAAAAAAGUCUUGCACAAGGACACUCGUGAUGCCCGUAAGGCAUGGAAAAGGUUGGAGAUGGCAAAAUCAUCUGGUGGGAGGAAGAUAUCUAACACACCUGCCUCCCUUAACUGCAGCUCCCCAUUUUCCAUGGGGAACAGAUCAACUUCUUACAGUCCGAUUGAUACAAUUGUGGGACACAAGAACCAGAACCUGCCUAAUAAGUUUUGUCAAAAAAGUAAUUCAAUCUGUGGUCAUGGUACAAAAGCGGAACAUACGCCACCCGCGAAUAACUCUAGAGGAUGCCAUAGCUUGCCUGAGAACAAUCGUGCCUCAGUUCAUGAGAGGAUGAUUUCUUUUCAGAAUCGAAUAAAUCAGGAAAGCCUUGAUGGCAAAGUUGCUUCAUCAACCCACAAUCGGCAUGUUGAUCAAUCAUUAGUAUCUUCCUGUAGCACACGCAGAUCAGAAAAACUCAAAUCAGACAUGCUGCAUCCACAAAAGUACAGUUCAUCAUCUGGCCAGUCAGCUGUGACUUCAUCCCUACAGUUAGGACCUAGUGUUGAAUCUGGGAGCCAAUGCACUAUGAUGGUAAACCCUGAGGAAUCUUCAGCUGUUUGCGUUGAAGGUAUUGCUGCAACCAUUGAAGGUACGAAAAGUUCUAGUCCAUCCCUACAGUUAAGACCUGGUGUUGGAUCUGGGAGCCAAUCCACUAUGAUGGUAAACCUUGAGGAUUCUUCAGCUGUUUGUGGUGAAGGUAUAGAUGCAACCAUUGAAGUUACGAAAAGUUCUAGUCCAGACCGGCUUGAGCGUAAGAGAAAACACAGUUCAGAAAGAUGCCAUGAUCAAGGAUCCAAAAGGUCCAGGUCAACCUGUAAAAUCGCAAAAAGUGAGAUUUCUUCUUUGGCCAUUCGCGAAUUGAAACUACUCAAGAUAGACAAAACACAUGGUUCUGACAGAUUCAAGGAAGUUGCUCGGACCGCAACACAUUCCAUCUUGGCUGCCUGCAGAUUUGAGCAUUCGCCAUCGCAAUCCCUUGCACUCUCAAGACCUGUCUGCAAGCACAGCCCCAAAGUCAAACAACUGAAGUCGUCAGCAAUUACGGAUUUUUGCAAAGAAUGCUUGCGUAACUUUGUUAAAGAAGCCGUCAGUUUGGCGUUGUCUGGCAAGCAGAUGGAUCAAACUGGUACCUCCUAUUAGAUUGUAGACAAGUUUGGGAUUAUUUUUUGUCUGGUCAUUGUGAAUACCUCAGCACAAACUAGGGACAAGUUGUACAUUUUAUGGGAUGUUAAUGCUGUCCUACAGUGUAGUUGCUAGGUGUAAUCAGUACUGUGACAACUAACAAAACAUUCUCUUUAAUAUGCCAUGACCAUAGUUGCAGUACUGGAACCGAACAUUUCCCGGCUCCUGAGGUGUGGUUGGUGCAACUGGAUCACGGAAUCGGUCUCACAUCAGUGUAUGGUUGGGUUGUAAAUGUUAGCCAUUACUCUAUUAGUGGGUGGAUAAGUCUCCCGAAGGAGAAAAACUCGAUGAAACUUGCAUAUUGCUGAUUUCAACUGUCUUGAAUUGUUGAUGCUGUCUUUGGUGGUUCAACUGAAGCCUUCAAUUGCUGAGGAAAGCAGACAGCUAUUGUAGAGAUAUUGUAGCCUUUCUGAAUCCAAGCAUUACCUAAAAUGUUUAAACAAGCUGAGGAUGA